AUGCAGGAUCAUCCCAGCCUUCGUGGCUUCACUGCAUCCAAAGGGCUUAAAGGCAAAAAGCCAAAGCCUCGCCCUCCGCGAGGUCUCCGCGACCAUGUUCUGUUCCCUGGCCGUGCGCUUCCGUCGUACACAGGACCUUAUCCGGUUGGCACCAUGGAAAUCGAGGUGCCCGUCCGACGUAGCCGCGCGUUUUCGAAGAUCAAACGCGACGGACGUCUCUGCCUCCAAUUCGAGACGGUGCUCAUGACAGUCUAUUACCCUUGCUCCGAGAAGGAUUUCGGGCUUCAAAAACAUGAUCCCCGAUAUUCGCGUGAGCUCUGGCUUGGCCGACCAAGGGUGGAGAUUGCCCAAGGUUACGGCAAAUUUGGAGGUGUUGGCAAUCUUGCUGUGCCAAUCUUUUUCCCUACAAUGUGGACCAAGUUGCCGGCACUACGAAAUCCUCCCGUAUCACGAUACUGGGCACCUCAGGUCGAAACCGAAGUCAAGAGAACCAGGGUCAAGCACAAAAAGAAUUGUCCAGCACCCAGCGAGCCUAGCACAAGCGGCUGCAAACCUCCUGGGGCUCCUAAAGCUCCCGUAUUCCCAUUGAUCCUCUUCUCACACGGAUUGGGAGGUACCCGGACGAUGUAUAGCUCCGUCUGCGGAGAAUUUGCCAGCCACGGAUUUGUUGUGUGUGCAGUUGAGCACCGGGACGGCAGUGGUCCACGAACUUUCAUCAAUCGUCCCAAAUAUGCAGCAAAGGUCGAAUCCGAGGAUUGCGAGCCAGUAGACUACACAGCAGAGGAGGCCAAACAGGGCUAUCGAUCCGUAGACUAUGUUUUCUCCAAGUACAACCCAUCAGACACAUCUCCGCAUAGUGAGAAGGGUGUCGAUCAGGAGCUGCGGGCAGCUCAGAUCGAUCUGAGGACGGCUGAGAUCGAGGAGGCCUACCAUGUCAUGUGCGAGAUUGAGAAAGGCAAUGGACAGCUCAUAGCCGAUAGAAACCUCCGCUGUGAGGGAUACAAAGCCUCUAGCCGGCAUGGCCUCAAAGGUGUGAGAUGGCCGAGAUGGAAAGGCAGCUUUCAGACACAGAACGUUACCAUCUGCGGGCAUAGCUUUGGUGCUGCUACCGCAGUAGAGAUUCUUCGCCACGACGAUCGCUUCAACUACGUGACUCAAGGUAUCAUCUAUGAUAUUUGGGGUGCAGGUCUCAAACAACCAAAAGACGAGUCACCAGAACACCGCAUUCAAAAGCCCAUCAUUGCUAUCAAUAGUGAAGCCUUCACAUAUUGGCCGUCAAACUUUGAGCUUGUGCGAGCUUUGAUUGAGGAGGCACAAUCUGAGCCUGGGCCAGCGCCAGCCUGGUUGAUGACCCUCCGAGGUACAGUGCACAUCACCCAAUCGGACUUCUCGUUGCUCUUCCCCCAAUUGUGCUCGCUGCUCUUGAAAGCUGUAGCCAAUCCCCGACGAGCACUGGAUCUCAAUAUCGGCGCGAGUUUAGAAUUCCUCAACCACGUGCUACCGGAGGAGCUUGCCCAGGUCAAUCGCUCGCACAAGAAUGAGAAUCUGCUGGAAUCGAAUCUCAACCCGUUAUCCCGGAUCCAGUCCUUCCAAAUGGCUAAGCCGGACGAGAAAUAUACAGCUCUCAAACUGAACAUUCGCCACGAGUGGGCUUACAGGAUCUCGCCGAAAUUAUUUCAACGCUACAUUCGGUGGGAGAAUGAGCGACGCGGCAGAAACCCGGAGGAUUUCGACGAGAUCUGGCUACACCACAAGCCCGACCCGAACCUGCUGCAUUGUUAUGCUGAUAGGUCUUCUUCUUCGCGGACGAGUUCCUCGAGCUCAUCCGAGGAAGAAGCUAGUGGGGCGAGCUCACAGAAGAAAUCUACCACGGGUGAGGAGGAUUAUGAGCCCACGCCGUUGCAUCCUCCCCCACAUACCGACAGCAAAGACUGGACUAUGAGCAGUGAAGGAGCGACGUGA